ACCAACCAACCUCUCCUUCGAAAAAAGUGAAAAAACAAUCUAACGCCAAAGCUUAUCUCCACUGUUGCAGAUUCUGGCAGAUCAGAUCACAAACACAUAGUCUCGGAGUAAGCAGGCAUGGAUUCUGGAGCCAAAGUGAAGAAAGGAGCGGGUGCGGGUGGACGAAGAGGUGGCGGUCCGAAGAAGAAACCUGUUUCCCGCUCUGUUAAAGCCGGUUUACAGUUUCCUGUCGGUAGGAUCGGUCGGUAUCUAAAGAAAGGUCGCUACUCGAAGCGUGUUGGAACCGGAGCUCCGGUGUAUCUCGCCGCAGUGCUAGAGUAUCUUGCCGCUGAGGUUCUUGAGCUUGCUGGUAACGCUGCAAGAGAUAACAAGAAGAAUCGUAUCAUACCACGCCAUGUUCUGUUAGCUGUGAGGAACGACGACGAGUUAGGAAAGCUGCUCAAAGGGGUAACAAUUGCACACGGAGGAGUUUUACCUAACAUAAACCCAGUUCUCCUCCCAAAGAAGUCUGAGAAAGCAGCUUCGACUACAAAGGGAACCAAGUCACCAUCAAAGGCUACCAAAUCCCCUAAGAAGGCAUAGUUCUCAUCAGCAUCCCGUCUCCUUCUUUCUCUUACUCUCUGUAUAACUUGUAAUCUCUCUCCAUCUCUCUGUUGUUGUGUGAAGACAGAACACCUCUUGCCUUUUUUCAUCAGUUGUAAACAAUGUGUAACGUUAAAACAAGUCUGGUUAGUCGAUGUAAUUGAUACAAUGUUCAGUUUGUAAUAAGAGAUGGUGCGUUGUAUA